AUGCGAUUCAGUGACUUAGUCGCCGGCUGUGUUAUGGUCAUUUACAUUUUGAUUGUUGUGGAAUGGUCGGGUGCUUUGGAGAUCCGAGUUUCAACCGCCACCGGACAUGAUAACAAAUCUUGUCUACUUUCGAGCGCCUCGGGACCUUGUAAAACGGUCGGAUUUGCUUUAAAUGCUAUGGAGGAUGAAGAGAACCACAAUCAAACACUCUUUAUUUUUCGGAUCGAAGAUCACAUUUACUCUUUGGACAAACGGAUCAACAUCAGUCAAACCAACCCAAGGAGAGGUAUUGUUCUACAAUCAAGUCACGCAAAUGGAUCCAUUAUUAGAUGCACAGAUGUCUCUGCUGGAUUUGAUAUCGGAUCUCGAGUUACUCAAAUCAGACAAGACAAGACAAGAAAUAUUAGCAUAGAAAACCUCAAAUUUCAACAAUGUGGCCCUCGCUUCGCCGCCACUGUCCUCAUAUGGAAUUCUGUUAAAAUAAACUUCAGGAAUUGUGUAUUUGAACAUAACAAACAGGCUGGGAUAAACGCCUUUGAUAGCGAGGUUACUAUAGAAAGUUGUAUUUUCCAAAAUAACACUUCAAAUGGACGCAAUUCCAGCGAGAAGUUUAAAGAAGGGUUUACCUCGGCCGGUGGUGCAGCAGGAUUUCUGUUUCGAACUUCAGUUUCUCUUUCUGUGGUAAUAACAAAUUCAACUUUCACCUUCAACUCGGCCGUGACGAAUGAUUCAGCAUCGUACAUUGCACCUUCAUCAAAUGUCUCGCACUUCACUGCAGGAGGUGGGGGUCUUCUAGUUGUGUUCUUGAAGAAGACUGAACACUGUCGUGCUGUGAUAGAAGACUCUAAGUUUUCGAACAACUCGGCAACGUAUGGAGGGGGAUUCUACUUUGCCGACUCUAACUCGGCGUCGAAAAACAACUUGUCGAUAAUUGGCUCGCAUUUUGUGAGAAACAGAGCCGGACAAACCGGAGGGGGGCUGAUAUUCUCCCAGUGGGACAAUGCGUCUAGCAUCACAAGUGUCAUCAGAAACUGCACCGUGAAAGAAAAUAAGGCGAGGAGAGGAGCAGGGGUUAAUGUUUUUCUCAUGAACUAUGAUGACAAACCGAACGACUCCGUAUUGAGGUUUGAUAAUGUGGUGUUUAGUGACAAUAAGGGCGAUGCCAGUACAGCGAUUCGCUUCACCACUGCGCUUCCGUAUGGAAGCACUAUGGAUGUUACCCCCGAGUUUAUAAACUGCAAGUUUGAGAAUCACAGUAUGUCGAGUACUGCACGUACUAGUCCGUUCACAAGUCAAAGGGUGAACGUAAGGUUUCAGGGAAGCAACAUUUUUCAGCGCAACUAUGGUGGAGGCGCAGGAAGUUUUCAGGAUUGUGUUUUACAUGUGGAGGGACAGCUGGUUUUUGCUAACAACACGGGGUCCCAUGGAGGAGCGUUGUUCCUGCAAUCUAGUCAAAUGAUACUUUACCCCGGAAGUGAACUCAUAUUCUUAGGAAACAAAGCCAAUGGAAUCGGUGGCGCGAUACUUGUAUGGGAAAACAUCAUGAGCGAGUUUAUACACGAGUUUAAUCCUAACUGUUUCCUGUCUUAUAGUGACUAUCACCUGCCCCCGUCAAAAUGGAAGGUAAGCUCUUUAAACCAUGAAUUGUUUGUCAUUCAAGUGUAUAUCACAUUCUAAAUUUAGUUGAGUCUGUUUUGUACCUCUUUCCUUUUAGACCAACGUAUCCUUUAUCGAGAAUAGCAGCAGGAUAAAAGGAGCAGCUAUUUAUAUCUCCUCUCUUCAAAGAUGUGUGUGGAUUGAAGAGGCUCCGUACCACGAUCCGCAGAAAGCUCUCCGCUGGUCUAGUAAUAUUUUGUACAGAAAUAACUCGCUUGUUUUCGACGGUGUCCCACACGUCUUCAGUGGAACUGAGUAUGAUAUUGCCACAGACACAAAAAAUUACCAUUCGACUUUAGGAGAUAAUUCUACUGUGAAGGUAUAAUCCAUGGUUUGUGCUGUAAACUCUGGCAAGACAUCUUGUUCUCUCUUUCACCCAGGAGUAUGAAUGGACGAGGGGCGAGGGGAAACUGUCAGCGAAGUGCUGAAAGUGGGCAAGGGAUGGGGGGGGGGGGUUGAGACACCCCUCUAUCGACUAGAAUCCCUUUCAGGGAAUAGUAGCUUGCUUCAUGCCAUAUUUGGAACCCAAAUAAAUUCUUACAGGAUGACCCUUUUAGCUCGUAAGCUUUACUUUACGUCAUGUUUCUCAUCGGAGGUUACUGAGUUAAUUGUUUUGUCUAUGCUAUAACUGUUUCUUUGUCUUUUCGUCUUUCCAUUCAUUCAUCUAUCUAGCCACACCCAUCCACCCCUUCUAGCCCGCUCCUUCCUUACUUGCGUCCCUUCCCCUCUCCCCUACAUGCCUGCUUGUUACUUACCCUGCAUUCUUCGAUGUCCAAUUUAGUGUUACCAAACCAAUGAAAUUUUCGUAAAUAGCCCAACAAACUAGGUCUUGUUUUCUUUUGAUCUCCCUAUCAGCUCGCUCCAGGUCAAAAGUUUCCUUUGAAUCUGCAAGGAGUUGAUGAACUUGGACACAGUGUGUAUACGACUGCUUUUGUGGCUGAAGAAGGCAGCUCUGACAACACAUCAAAAUUGAUGCUCAGUAAUGUACUGUACGUGCUCUCGCCUAACAAAUCAAGUACUGUAUCGUUUUCGUUCAAUGCCCCUGAGACAGUUUACAACGAAGCACAAAGCAGAGGGGAAAAGAAUAGGCGAAGGAUUCAGUUUGUGGAUAUCUUUUCUACCUUACCAAAUGGAUAUUCCUUUGAAAUGGAGCUUCAAACGUGUCCGCCUGGAUUUAAUUUCAACAAGGACACUAAAGCGUGCGAAUGUAAUAGGAAACUUCCUGGCAUUUCGAGGUGAGAACUAAAAGUGAAAAGCCGAAAAUAAGGUCAGCAGGUUUUUUUUGCUAUGAUGUACUACGUUCGUUAAUUGUAUUAUGGUUUUGCUUGUGAUCUACCCACCAUCUCCCCAACUGACUGACCGACCGACUGAUUAACGACUGACGAUUAACUGACCAACCGGUAGACUAACGAACCGACAAACCGAUCAACCUUCCGACCAAAGGCUGACUGACCAGUAACCGACUGACCGACCGACGACUGACAGGCUGACUUAAAAAACCCGACUGAUUAACGACUGACGACUAAGUGACGACCGGCAGACCGAUGAACCGACCAACCAACUGACUAAAUGACCGGCUGACUGAAUGAGAACCUACUGACUUAUCGACUGAUCUAGUGACUGACAGACGGACCGACGACUGACUGGCUGGCUGACUGACUGAUCACCUGACUUACUUCCUCUCUGACCGACUUAGAGAGUGUAUAACUUCAAAACCGAGUAUUCCAUUUUUCGUUUGUUUGUUUAUUUUUUCCGUUAACUUCAGAUGCGAGAAUGGACAUACUGUUUAUUUGAAAGAGGGAUACUGGGCGAAUGUUACUAAAAAUGGUACCCUGGUUACCUACUACUGUCCAUACAAGUAUUGUAAGUGUACACAUGUCGGCGAACUACCUGGAUGUUUAUUCGAUCCAGCCAACAGUAUUGCUCAAUGCACAAAGAACCGCGAAGGGUGGCUGUGUGGUAAAUGCUCUGGAAAUACUAGCGUGGGGUUAAGGUAAAGUUUUCUGAGCAAAUGUUCUCCCACGAGGUAUAUUUCCAGACCAGACCAUAGUUGAGUUGCAGAAGGCCAACGGCCAAAGAAAACCACCUGAAAUCUCGCAAGGGGCCACUUUUACCUCAGAAAGACACGUAACUGGAUUUAAAAGUGGAAGAAAGGCAAGCGACCAUGUCGCGAUUUAUUUCAGCUUUGCAUCUGAUUGGUUGAGAAAGUAUCGCAAAUUUUUUAAAUUAGGCGCUCAGCGCGCAGAGCAAAAUCAUCGCAAACUCUUAUUGAUUUUGACAUCCAAGUUAAAAAUUGAUCCGAAGUUUCAAAUUCUCUAGGAUCAUUGGUAACUCAGUUUGAUGUAAACUGGGUUUCGGCAGCAUUAUUACGGUUAACUACCUUGCAUUCUAUUUUUAUAGAUGGAACGAGUGCGUCGAUUGUCCCAAUCCAGGAUGGGUAUUGGGCGUGGUUAUACCUCUUGUCAUGGCCUUGUGUGUUCUCAUCAUUUGGCUCAAUCCCGGUAUAUCUAGCGAGUUAAGAGGACCUCUGUACUUCUUCCAAGUUCUCCCUUGCAUAUUCGACCCCACCAGCCAAUUUGGGAGUCACAUCUUCCUUUUAGCGGAUUUAUUCAACUUUGGAGGGCCGUUAGUCUAUCUGACGAAGACAUGUAUUGUAGGAGAAAUUAAUAAUCUGUACUCAAUUGCCUUUGGGUACUUGGUUCCUUUUCUGGCUCUGUUGAUAUUCCUGUUUGCUUAUCUAUUGAGCAUUAACUAUUGCCUCAGGUUUAAAUUUCGCCAACGUUCGAUGCUCAAAUCUUUUUGGCUUCUUGUUGUGUUCAUCUACAACUAUUGUGUCGAGACGUCGUUUCUGAUCUUGUUUUGUCCAAAAGUUGGUGACAGUCACGUAUUCUUCUAUGAUGGAACCAUGGAAUGUUUCUCUGAUGACCAUUUGCCAAUGGCAAUCCUCGCUAUCCUCGUGCUUGUGUUCCUUGUGAUCCCCCCACCGAUCAUGGUUUUUCUUCUGACCAAUGGGUAUUGGAGGGUGGAUCCUCAAUACCUGAAUACACUGACAAGCGGUCUGCGCCCUGAGCGCCGUUGGUGGUGGUCAGUGGAUUUGUGUCGAAGAGUUCUCGUGGUUGGUACUUACGCGUUCGUCCCAAACUGGCAAACAAAAAAGGUAGGGCUAUGGAAAAUGAACGAUAUCUCGAAAGAAGAUUUAUUUUAAAAGUAAUUCCAUGUUCUUAAACCUUUCGCUCCCAAAAUCUCACUAGUAAUUCUCCUUAUAAUAUUGUGUGCUAAACAAUUCUUUUUAUUUUAGUUCAGAUUGUUUGGUACUGGAUAACUAACAAUCCCCAAGCUAAUUGAUGUUCUACCUUCUCAUCACAUAAAUGGUCGUGGACGAUGAUAUUCUGUCUUGCUAUGGUUUCUUUAAUUGUAACACUUAACUGAGUGAUGAGUUUUUCUGGAUCAUUGUCAGCAUCUGAGCAACUGCGCUCCUACCCUUCCCCUCCCCUAACCCAACAUUAGCCUUAAUUUGUUUUCAGCGGACUUGUUGAUGAGUUAGGGGAGGGGUUGAUGCGAAGUUGCUCUGAUACUGGAAUUGAUCCGUAUUAAGAAAAUUGAUUAAUUGAUAAUAUUAAUUAAUUAUUAAUUUAUUAUUAAUUAUAAAAUAAUAAUUAAUUAAUUAAUUAUAUGAAUUAAUAAUUAAUCUUAAAUCCGUAUUUCUCUACAUUUUUCUUCCCAGAUUCUUAUGAUUUUGAUGUGCGUCUUGAUCUUGGCCGUCCACAGUAACUUUCAACCUUACUUGAAACCUCGUGUUAACUUUACAGAGUCUGUCUAUUUACUGGUUCUGGCCACUCUAGCUAUUAUGCAAAUUGUUGAAGAUGAAAUGGCUAGGUACGGCGUGUCCUUAGGUUUAGUGUUCACGGUGGCACUUCAUGCACUUGUAGUAACUGUUUAUAAGGGUGUGCGAUUCUUUCGUAAGCGUUUCGAGAUCGCUUGUGCAAGAAGGGGACUUGAAUCAAAUACAAGACACAGAGACUAUGACCAGCUGGAGGACACAGAGAUCGAUCAGAACAGUUUGGACGCAGAGAGAGAAAGACAGAGGAACAUUAUGGACACGAUAUUUAACUCUCCCUCUGAAGGCGCAGAGCAUGGUCAGUGGUAG